AUGGCGGUGGCGGUGGAGGGCGUGGUGGAAGAAGCGGUUGAUACCGCAGUGGAGGCGGUGGUGGUUAUGGAGGCGGUGGUGGAAGACGUGAGUAUGGAUACAAUGGUGGUGAUUGGUGGAGGUUUCAAAAUGGAUAAACUUGAUUUCCCACAGAGGCUGUAUAGUGUAGGCCAGGAACCUUUUCCGAAUAAAAGCAUUGCCUACUACAGCGAUGACAGCAAGCUCUUCCCUGCUCUUAAAGAAGCACUCGAGGCAGAUGAAUGGGAGGAGCUCAAGAACUCGAGAGUAGGAGUGUUCUUAAAGUUCCACGAAAUGAAGUUUGGAUGGGCUUCAAGGCUGGUGCACUAUAUACUGUGUUUUCAGCUUGACUGCAAGAAGAAGUUUGAGUUGUGGAGUCUCGUAGGUGUUGAACCAUUGAGGUUUUCUCUGCAUGAAUUUGAAGAGAUAACUGGCCUGAACUGCGAGUAUGUGAAGAAUCUCGAGAAUCCGUUGGUUGAGGUAACGACUGACAUGAAAGCAUUUUGGGCGCAGAUGGGAGUGAAUUUCGACCGGGGGCCAAGUAUUGAUGAAUUAACUACAGCGUGUCAGAUGUGCAGAACAUGGUCUCGAGAUGAUCGGCUGCGUUUAGGGUAUCUAGCCAUCUACGCUGGCUUCAUCGAAGCAGCAAGAACCUCGUCACCCACACGGGCUAGCCUGACUAGGUUAGUGAUGGAUCUAGAUGCUUUUGAAGAUUAUCCGUGGGGAAGAGUAGCCUUUAAAUUCUUGAUGGAGUCGGUGAAGGGUGUAGACUUGACAAAGACGUAUGCUAUUGAAGGCUUUGUUCAGGUUCUUCAAGUCUGGGUCUACUGUUGUCUCCCUGAAUUCGGAGCUGGGUUUGGUCACCCUAUAGAAGGUUCUCCGACCCCACCUCUACUUGCCUUCUUAGGUGGCAAAGGCAAGAGAAGGCUCCAGGAGAAUAUGCUGAAACAGUUUUAUCUUCUGGAGACUAAGACUAAGAGCUUUACUAUGAAGGAUUACUCUGAAAUGUUCUCUCGCUGGGAUGGUGAGCUGGAAGAUGAGAAGGCUGAUAACAUAGUGAAGGCAGUGUUUUCUUCAGGCUGGGGAUGGGAACAAAGUCACUGGCCUCUUGUUGGAACAAAACUGUGGACAAAUGUGAAGGUGGAGAUCCUUCCGAUGAAGACAGAAGCUGGUCAGAUGGUGCGAAGCUUGAAGACAGUGUCCCCUUCUCGCACACAGUCUGAUGCAGAAUCACGCAAGAAGGCUCGUGAGUCCCCUGGCCUGGAUGUGGAGACCAUGAAAGGAGAAAUAGUUCGUUGGCUAACUGGCCUGACUUCUAAUAUGGUUGAGGGGCUGAGCAGAUGCGAGAACACUCUGAAAACACAAUCCCGCAUGAUUGAGGGCCUUACAACUCAGGUGGGAGCUGUUGAGAAGAUGGUGCGUGAAGGUUGGAAGGAAGACCACACCAAAGCUGAUUCAUCUACUGAUUCUCCUUUUGAUGGAAACAGCACGGCAAAGGUUAUUAUACCUAACCAGCCGAAGCAAGGCCAGGGAUAUAACCCAUUUGCUAAUUCUGAUCGCCAAAAGCUCUCUGCUCUUCUUGAUUGGGUGAAACUUGACCCCAAAUGGCGACAGAAGGUCAAAGGUUCUUCAAGUCAUUGGUUCUACAUACUACUAACUCCUACAAAAUGGUUGAUUGACACGCACAUGGAUGCUGGCAUUAAUCUCUUAAGGCUCCGAUACACAAAGCACCCUGAAUGGUUUAGGUCCGACAGAUUUUGCAUUUUGGAUGCUGUAUUUACUCAAAUGUGGACAGCAAAAUACUCAGAGUUUCUGGCCUCUCCUGCCAAUCCUGACGGCUCAGCUUUCUGGAUAUCAAUCCCGAGGAGACGCAUAGUGAUUUGGGAUAGUGAUCUUGCUUACGCUACGGAUGCAGAAAUUGCUAAGGCCGUGAAUCCUAUUGCACACAUGCUGCCGUAUAUGCUGCGUAUGUUAUCUACCGGUGCGGAGAGGGAGUUGUACACAGUUGAUUUCACACAUGAGCGUGAAUCUGGGGUGCCACAAAACAAACAAAGUGGUGACUGUGGAGUGUAUUGCUUGAAGUAUAUAGAAUGUCAUGCACUUGGCAUGCCAUUCCCACCUCAUGAGCUGUGUGAUAAGAAGAUCAAGACAAUCAGGUCUCAGAUGGCGAGUGAGAUAUUUGAUGAGACCAGGAUAAACGGCACAGAGAAACGUGAUUACAAGCAUCUCGGUCUCUAUGACUAA